GUCAAACAGAAGAAAAAAAAAAAAGAUUGGUUUCACAUGCAAACUGUCAAGAGCAAAGAAAGCGAGCCGAUGGCAGCGAUGCAAACCUUCCAGCCACACUGACUGUCAGCCUUGCGUACAAAUGGAGGAAAGGACUAUCAUCAGAUUAUUGGAGCCUCCAAGUUGCUGAAGACUCUUGGGGAAACUGAAGUCAGUCAUAAGAUGUGAAUUUGCUGAAUGACGAAUGAGAAACCUGAGUACCGACGUCAUUGCAGAGGACUGACUACUACCAUCACUUGUCCCAUGACCUUGUAUGUUUGAGUGCUCCUCAUUCAGUCAUUCUGGUCCUCUGCUUCACACCUUCAUCUACCAGCGCUGCUUUUCAGCCCAGGCAGAGUGGACCCGUCCCUCUACCCAGGCCCCGCGCCCUCCCAUCGGCGGCCUAUUCUGGCGGUGUGUUGGUGUACGAUGGCGCGGUGGGACGCUGAGGGCUGCCGCGGGGGACUGUGAUGUCAGAGCCCAACAGCCCGGGCGAGAGCCGGCGUGGCGCUCCCAGAUUCUUCGUGGGCUGCGAGGACGAUGAGAGCGAGGUCCUGGAGGACAGCAUGAGGACAGACAUGGAGCUAUAUGAGGACGACGAAGACACAGACUCGCCCCCGGAGCAACAGAUUGUGGUGGGGAUCUGCUGCAUGAUGAAGAAGUCCAAGUCUAAGCCAAUGACCCAGAUCCUGGAGAGGCUGUGCCGGUUUGAGUACAUCACUGUGGUCAUCUUCCCAGAGGACGUCAUCCUCAACGAGCCUGUUGACAAAUGGCCUCUCUGUGACUGCCUCAUCUCCUUCCACUCCAAGGGAUUCCCGCUGGAUAAGGCAGUGAGCUAUGCCAAACUCAGAAACCCGCUGCUCAUCAAUGACCUGAACAUGCAGUACUACAUACAGGACAGGAGAGAGGUGUAUCGCAUCCUGCAGGAGGAAGGGAUUGAUCUACCACGCUAUGCUGUGCUGAACCGUGACCCGGAUAAACCAGAUGAGUGUAACCUGGUCGAAGGAGAAGACCAUGUGGAGGUGAACGGAGAGAUAUUCCAAAAGCCCUUUGUUGAGAAGCCUGUCUGCGCUGAAGACCACAAUGUCUACAUCUACUACCCCACCUCUGCCGGGGGUGGCAGCCAGCGACUCUUCAGAAAGAUCGGGAGCCGGAGCAGUGUGUACUCACCAGAGAGUAGUGUGAGGAAGACGGGCUCGUACAUCUAUGAAGAGUUCAUGCCAACAGACGGCACCGAUGUUAAGGUGUACACUGUGGGACCGGACUACGCUCAUGCCGAGGCUCGGAAGUCCCCUGCUCUGGACGGGAAGGUGGAGAGAGACAGCGAGGGGAAGGAGGUCCGCUACCCAGUCAUGCUUUCAGCCAUGGAGAAACUGGUGGCCCGUAAGGUCUGCCUAGCAUUCAAGCAAACUGUGUGUGGCUUCGAUCUUCUCCGAGCUAAUGGACACUCCUAUGUGUGUGAUGUCAAUGGUUUCAGUUUUGUGAAGAACUCCAUGAAGUACUAUGACGACUGUGCCAAGAUCCUCGGGAACAUUGUGAUGCGUGAGCUGGCUCCUCAGUUUCAGAUUCCUUGGUCCAUCCCUACUGAGGCAGAGGACAUCCCCAUUGUUCCCACUACAUCAGGGACUAUGAUGGAGCUACGCUGUGUCAUCGCUGUCAUCCGACAUGGAGACAGAACGCCCAAACAGAAGAUGAAGAUGGAAGUUCGCAACCCCAUGUUCUUUGACCUAUUUGAAAAAUAUGGAGGAUACAAAACAGGGAAAUUAAAGCUGAAGAAACCAAAACAACUGCAGGAGGUGCUGGACAUCACACGGCAGUUGUUAGCAGAACUAGGACAGCACAAUGACUGUGAGAUAGAAGAAAAGAAGUCCAAACUAGAGCAGCUGAAGACGGUUCUGGAAAUGUAUGGCCACUUCUCGGGGAUCAACAGAAAAGUGCAGCUAACUUACCUGCCCCAUGGGCAGCCCAAAACCUCAAGUGAGGAAGAAGACACACGUAAGGAAGGUCCGUCUCUGCUGCUGGUGCUGAAGUGGGGAGGAGAGCUGACUCCUGCUGGCAGAGUACAGGCUGAGGAGCUGGGAAGGGCCUUCCGUUGUAUGUACCCUGGAGGACAAGGAGACUACGCUGGAUUUCCAGGCUGCGGGUUACUGCGUCUACACAGCACCUACAGACAUGACCUGAAGAUAUAUGCAUCUGAUGAAGGCAGGGUGCAGAUGACGGCUGCAGCCUUUGCAAAAGGUUUGCUGGCUCUGGAGGGUGAGCUGACACCCAUCCUGGUGCAGAUGGUGAAAAGCGCCAACAUGAACGGGCUGCUGGACAACGACAGUGACUCACUGAGCAGCUGCCAGCACCGCGUCAAGGCCCGACUCCAUGAGAUUCUGCAGAAGGACAGGGACUUCAUCGAUGAAGACUUUGAUCGGCUGGCCCCAACCUGUAGCAUCUCUUUGGUGAAUUCAAUGAAGAUAGUCCAGAACCCGGUGGCCACAUGUGACCAAGUCUAUGCCCUCAUUCAGAGCCUCACCUCCCAGAUUCGAAAACGGAUGGAGGACCCCAAGUCAGCUGACCUGCAGCUGUACCACAGUGAGACACUAGAGCUAAUGCUGCAGCGCUGGUCCAAACUUGAGAGGGACUUCCGGAUGAAGAACGGGCGCUACGACAUCAGUAAAAUACCUGACAUUUACGACUGCGUGAAGUACGACGUCAUCCACAACGCUACUCUGGGCCUGGAGGACACGCUGGAGCUGUUCAGACUGUCUCGAGCUUUGGCCGACAUCGUCAUCCCGCAGGAAUAUGGGAUAAAUAAAGUGGAGAAACUGGACAUAGCAUAUGCCUACUGCCUCCCGCUGGUCAGAAAGAUACAGCUUGACCUGCAGAGAACCCACGAGGACGAGUCUGUCAACAAGCUGCACCCUCUGUACUCUCGCGGAGUGAUGUCUCCUGGGCGCCAUGUCAGGACACGAUUAUAUUUCACCAGUGAGAGUCACGUCCAUUCCUUGCUCAGCAUUUUCCGAUAUGGAGGCCUACUUGAUGAGGAGAAGGACCAGCAGUGGAAGCGUGCCAUGGAUUACCUCAGUGCCGUCUCUGAACUCAACUACAUGACUCAGAUUGUCAUCAUGUUGUAUGAGGACAACAAUAAGGACAUCUCCUCAGAGGAACGCUUCCACGUAGAGCUUCACUUCAGCCCUGGUGUCAAAGGCGUUGAGGAGGAGGAGAACGCGCCAACCGGCUUUGGCUUCAGGCCCGCUUCUGCAGAGAACGGGCAGAAGCAGCCUGACCCCGGCAGCUUGGAGGACCUCUCACGAGAUGAGACCGACCGCGCCGUGCCGCUGUCUGAGCCAAUCACUAUUCAGAGGAAGUCCCCACUCAUACGCAAUCAUAAAACGGGAUCCAUGGAGGUUCUGUCUGAGACAUCAUCCUCCAAAGUAGGCAGUUAUCGCCUCUUCUCGCUCUGCUCGCGUCAGUCCCCCGAGAUGAAACAAAGUGGAUUAGGCUCUCAAUGUGCCGGGCUCUUCAGCACCACUGUCCUAGGUGGGUCCUCUAGCGCCCCUAACCUGCAGGACUACGCACGUGCACAUCGCAAAAAAUUCUCCACUGGCAGUCUGUCCUACAAAGACGAGUUGUUGUCUAUGCCGGCAGUAAAACGAUUUUCUGUGUCGUUUGCAAAGUAUCCGACUAAUGAGCCCUUGGAGGAGCAUCAUGUGGCCCAGUUGUUGAGGCGUUUCUCCACCGACCUUAGCCUGGGCCGCCACUUCUCUCUGGACAGGGCAGUGAGCCACCACCUUCAUCAGUGCUCCUACCACCUCCGCCUCUUCCGAAACUGGCUCAUCUCCGGCCAGGACCCCCUAGAGUACCUCCACGGCUUCGAAGGCUGCUCCAUGGUGCCCUCCAUCUAUCCUCUGGAAACGCUGCACAACUCGCUGUCGCUAAAACAAGUCAACGAGUUCCUCGCCGGUGUGUGCGAAAGUGCAGGGGAUCCACACACGAGGACUACCAGAGCUCUGUCAGCCAUGUUUGGCGCACACAACCAGCCGUCAGUGGACUCGUACAUCCCUCAGAGAGUCUCUUCCUCCAUCUCUCUCAGAUCUCGUUCCGACAGACCUCCUUGGUACAGCAGUGGCCCAUCCAGCACAGUAUCCAGCGCUGGACCAUCCUCUCCCACUACAGCUGACACUUCCCCACGCUUCAGCUUCAGUGAUAAGAUCUCCCUCACCUCUCAGAGCAGCGAGGAAACUCACUCCUCUCAAAACAUUUCUACCCAGCCAGUGGCUGUCUUUGGGUCACAAGUCCUUGACCCAACUUGUCUCUGUGUUUCAAACCCCUCUGAAGUCCCUCUGACUCCAAAUAACUCGCCAGAGGAUGAUGCUGAGCACUGCGCUGUUACUGAUCACCAGCCUGAUGAUCUUGAAUACACACAGGAAGGGCCAGAGGUGGAUUCUGCAGCCGUGGAUUCUGCAGCCGUGGAUUCUGCAGCCGUGGAUUCUGCAGCCGUGGAUUCUGCAGCCGUGGAUGCCUCCAGCGGUGCGAUUUCAGAUCCUGGCCUGAGACCGCCCUGCUCUGCGUUAGCUGAGCUCACACUGAGUCGGAUGGAGGGUUACUGUCUCCCCGGCUCUCUUCCUGUGCUGUUGGAACUCAGAGAGAGCAGCAGUGAGGCGGGCUCCAGCUCCCAGACGCCCCAGUCUCCAGAGGGACCCGAUGAGUUCUUUGACACUCAGGAGUCGAUGGAGUUGUGGAUGGACAGUCCAGAAAGCCUCCCUAGUCCUGAGACGCCUCUAGAGGUCGGAGCCACUCACACAACAGAGCCGUAGGGCGUGGACACCUCCAGAACAACAGGCUACUGACCUGUCAGAAACUACAGUGGUUACAUCUGUAAGCAUUAUCCUUGUCGGUCAUGAGCAGAGAGGCAUUGUACUGAGCUACAUCCCACUGGGCCUCUCAUAUCCUCUGGCUUGUGAUUCUCACACUAGGCUUUAUGUUGGGCAUGCCACACAUGCUGUUCAUUGCCUUUUUAAAAAGCUUUCUGACAGUCCACCGGUUCAGUUCAUCUAUCUGUAAAGGUGUAGGAAGCCACUUGUUGUAAGGUGAAGCUUUAUUGUCAAGUCUAAACUUAACAACUCUCUUUUACUGUCGUUUAAUGCUGUUAUGCAAGCCUUUUCUUUAAAGCUGCAUUAAUCAAUGUUUGACCUCUAGAGGGCAGAAACGCCCAGAGCCCUGACAUGUGAUCACCCUAUGAAGUAGCUAAGGUGUUAGCCAUCAGUUGCCUAGUUAUCUGUCACCUCAUUGGAGUUUGGAUCCACACGAUGAAUUGAAGUUCAAUAUUCACUUUCCUUUCAGCACUGGUUUGCUCUCUACCAACUCCUGAGGAAAAAUAUGUGGCCCUUUAGCAGCUAGAUGCUCCACUGUGCUCACCAGAUAGACGAUAACAUUGUCUGCCUGCCAUUAUAUGCUGGGCAGGUAAUGUACAGGAAAUUUAUCAGGGCUUGAUGAGAGUGUUGAGGUAUAACCAUACAGGAAAUAUUUUGUAAAACUAAAACAAUGAGCUAAAGGACGUGUUCAAUUAAAUUUUUGUGACCUUAAAGAUAUUGAUUAAUGGAGCUUUAAAUUGUCUAUCUUGCGUCUUUCUUACUUUCAGCCAUUUUUAGGCAGCCGUGCUUUAUCAUCAGUAUGUAAGCACAAGCUUUGCUGUUUUCUUUCUUUCUCCUUAGGAUAUAGAGACUCAAUACUUUUAUGAGAAACACAGGAAAUGACUUACAAGACAGAGAAAACACAACCUCUGGCUGUUCUGUUUUUCUGUGGCGCUACAUGUUUAGUACCUGCAUCUGUGAUUUCAAAACAAACAAAUCAAAAGCUGAAUGACAGCAGCUGAACCUUCAUUACUGCCAGUAAAAUCUAAUAAGUGUUUAAUCUCCCGGUCAAACCGUGUGUGCACUGCUUACUGCCAAAGUCCUUAAGCCUCAUUGAAGAUUUAAUAUAAUCGGUAGGAACUGAUAGAGAAAAUAAUAUUUAUUUUGAAAUUGCAUCUUGGAGGGAAAACAAGUCUGGUAUUUUUGAUACCCACAUCAGAUAUUUAAUUGUACCAUAGCUAUUGUAUAUUUGUAAAAUCACCUCAUGAUGUUGGAAAGAUCUGUAAGCUAAUCUCUCAUUUUAUCACUGAACAAACAGGAGGGCAUUUUAAAUGAAAUAUGCUUUUAUUGUGGCAAGCAGUCAUGUAGCAGGUGUGUGUGUGUGUGUGUGUGUGUGUGUGUGUGUGUGUGUGUGUGUGUGGGGAUACACACAUGCUUGAGAAGCAAUUCAGGUAGAUGAGUACGCUGAUGUGCAAUUCUCUGUUUAAUCUGUGGGAUUUCAUGUUACAUGGAGAUGUACUGUACAGCUGUGAGUCAUCCUGUCUGUGUGUACGGAUCAUCACUCACUUUGCUUUUGUGCAGCAGGUGCUCUUUGCUUAAAGGGUCAAUUUGCUAAGGUGUCAUGUUGUCUUGGCUCAAUUUGCUCAAUCAUCACAAAAACAAACAAAAAUCCUUCUGGCCUCUUCUGGUACCUGACCAUGCAGGCAGUUUUGGUUUUUAUUUGUCCAGGUUUUGAGACGGCAACAAUGUUUGUUUCCACAACCAGUGUUGACAUUACUUUGGAUAAUUCAGACCUCAAUAAAUGUUUUUCUUUGGAACUGCUGUACUCUAUACAGUGUUUUCGGUGGCAUAUUUCAUUUGCACAUUAUAAAAAAAACGUGUAACUCACAGAAAAUUGAGAAAAAGUCACAAUUUCACAAAACGUUUUUUAAUGCUUGGACGAUGUGGAAAUGUUUAUCAAUAAAAAUAAAAUGUAGCUAAGUGCAGCAGAAACAGACACAUCAUGAUGUACACUUCAAGUGGGGGGGUGGGGGGGGCUGUGAGGACCACAAACUAAAUUUUGUUAAAUUCCAGUGCAUUGAAAUUGAGUCAGAAAUCUCAAAGACGGAUGUCUCCAAACCUGGACAAAUUAAACCAAAUCUCCAUGGCUGGACACCACUAGAGGUGUAUUUUUUGUAAAGAAUUGACCCUUUAAAAGCUGCUCUGAAAUCUACCUUUUAAUCAUUGACAGCGAACCUUCUGAUAGACUGUUUAGUAAUCAAAUAUCAAUAAUAAUCCAAGAUCUCCCUGCUGAGCUUUGGUAGCUGCCCUUCUGAAUGCUUUGUGAACUGAAACAUUCUCUUGUUUCAUGUCUGAUAUUUCAACAUGUUGGCUAAUAAGCUUUGGUUUAAAUGCACCAUGUGUGUUUUCCUAAAUCUGUGCAGACUGUACCAAGCCGAUGGACUCCACAGCUCAACCACUUCCACAAAUGUUUCCUCUCUGUUGUUCUGGAAUAAUUUCCUCUGUGUGAAGUUAAUAAUUUGAUUUUAGAAAGAUCAUUACUGUAUAUGGAACAUCCACAAUAGACUGUAAUUCUUCCAACAAUGUUACAAAAUACAGCUUUGGAAUGUAAAUUCCAUGUGUGGGUUAACUUUAUUGUUUGGUUCGGUAAUAUGGUUUCUACCCUCUAAAAUAAACCAGUUCAACUUAAUAAUCAAGUAUAAAAACAUUUAUAGAAAGAAAGAUUUUAUGUAAACUUGCCAUAAACGUUACGUAAACAUGCCUUUGCAAACAGUGUAAACUUUAAAUAUCUACAGUUAUGUAUGUCGAAUUUAGCUAUUGCCUCAAAGUUCUUACAAACAUACUGUAUUCAAUUUUUUUGUGUUGCAUUUACAUAAUUACAUUUUGAAAUGUUUCAUUGCAAAUCAUCCAUUUUUUGCCUCAUCUACUUUACCAGUAGAUAAGGCAAACUGAGGCAAAGUAAUAAAGUAAAAGAUGUGGAUUACCUCAUUAUGUCAGAAAAACAGCUAGAUAUACUUGAAUAUGAUGACUGAUAUAAAACGUUUAAUAGUAAAUAAUAAAUAAUUUAAAUCUGUGACAUCCAAUAAGAGUCUUACACAAAACUAUGUGGACAUCUGAACAUUGCAUCCGUAUCUGAUUGUAGAACAUGUCACUCAAAAAUCUUGCCCAUCAAUCUGCUAAUAUAACAGCCUCCACUCUU